GCAAGUUCUUGCUACAAAGAGUAGGAUCCUUUUGCCCUGUUAUCUGACAUGGAGAACCCAACAACGGACUCCGCGUCGAUCUCCUUGGGUAAUUCUACAGAAGAGAACAGAUCUGGAAGCGACACGGAGUCGAAUCUCGAUGACGAUGUCCCGCAAUACUACCAGCCAAUCUCGGCCGUCGAUGGUGACGAGGAAAAUCCCGAUCACCAAGUCAACUCAGACGAAGAACAUUAUGGAUUUCAGGUGUCCGAUAGGCGCGGCCUCUCGAACGGUUACUGUGCGCAUGGCGAAGCAGAGGAUGGGAUCUCUUCACUGCGGCUACAAGAAGACGUAGAGCAGAAGAGCGAUAGCGAAGACGAGGAUGACGAGAGGAUGAGACACGCGUCUGAUUGGGCGAUAUUGAGGGCGUUUAGGACGCACGAGACACGAAGAAACGCGCCGUUGACAGCAGAGAACGUGGCGAGGAUUAUGGAGACAAUGCGUGGAGUAUCGUUCGGUGGAUUGGCUCCUGAUUGGGCCACUCAGGUCCCCGAGGAUCGCUGGAUUGAUCAGCUCAGGAGAUUGAGGCCGCCUUCAGCCACCCCCUCUAGUACCCUUCAAAACUAGGGAAAGAAUUAUCUUUUUGUUCUUCUACCUUCAUGUUCGUGUGGCUUAAACUCUCAUUUACUUUUAUCUUAUUCUUAUAAUUAGUAGAUUAAUUUUUACCUAACAAUAUACAGAACUACAUUUGAGCUA